ACACACACGAGGAACUUUUCCGAGGAGAACUGUGUGCACGUGCAUAGAUCAUAGUGUCCAUAUGUCACAGUUUACCUACAGGGGCUGUCUGACCCGCCUCAUGCCGGGGACCGGGCCCGGCUGUGUUUGGAGAAUCCUCCCUUGUUUGUGGAUCUGGAGCAAGAGGCGGGCCUUUGGACAGCAGGAAUGCGCUGGAGCUUUUUUCCUGCGAGCUCAUGUUGAAGAGUCCCCCGUCUCGACAUGGACAUGUGGCCGCUGGUGCUCCUGCUCGUCCCGCUCUGCUUCUGCUCCGCGUACGAAGGGUCAGGCCAGUACCCAAAUGGAGACGAUGAGGACCGGUAUUCUCGUAGAUAUAAAGGGACCCCGUGGUGCGCGCCCAUUAAGGUGAAACAUGGGGACGUGAGCUGCCGCACACCCGGAGGAGAGCACUACAGGAACGUGAUGGGGACUCGCUGCAAAAUCCGCUGCAAGCAGGGAUACGAGUCCCAGAGCUCCGAGGUGGUGUGCAUGGCCAGCAAGCACUGGUCCUCUAACUACGCCUGCCGGGAGAUCCGCUGCCCCAAGCUGAACAUGCCGGCUAACGGCGGCUACAAGUGUUCGGACGGCUCCUACUUCAACUCUCGCUGUGAGUUCUUCUGCUCGCCCGGAUUCAGUCUGAAGGGACAGAAGACGGCGACGUGCCAGUACAGCAAAGCCUGGAGUGCCGGAGUCCCCACUUGUGUCGAUAUGGAUCCUCCGAAAAUCAAGUGUCCUAAUCUGAAGGAUAAGUGGGCGGAACCAGGAAAACUAACAGCGAGGGUGACCUGGGACACAUCAGAGGGUGUCGACACUGCGGAUGGCAUUCUCACAGACGUUAUCCUGAAAGGGAAACCUUCAAAAUCAGACUUCCCAGAGGGGCUCCAUAAGAUGUCCUACACUGUGUUGGACCGUGCGGGGAACAAAGGAUCCUGUCGCUUCUCUCUCAGAGUGCGAGUGCGUCGCUGCAGCGCCCUGUUCCCCCCCGACAACGGUUACAUGAAGUGUGACAGUGACGGAGACAACUACGGCGCCACUUGUGAGUUCAUCUGCACCGGCGGCUACGAGCUCCGGGGCAGCGCUGCCAGAGUGUGUCAGUACGGACUCACCUGGUCUGGCUUAGACACCACCUGUGCAGCCAUGAACAUUAACGUGGGAGUGCGUACAGCUGCUGCACUGCUGGACCAGUUUUAUGAGAAACGACGGCUCCUCAUCAUCUCGGCUCCAACCGCUGCCAAUCAUAAUUACCGCUUCCAGAUGACGAACUUACAGCACGCUCAGUGUGGACUGGACCUGAGGCACGUCACAGUAAUUGAGCUGGUGGGGACUUACCCAGCACAGAUUGGCCGAAUUCGACACAGGCUGCUCACUCCACUACUGUCCCUGAAGCUCAGGUUACAGCUUCAGAUUCCUCAAAGGUCUUUCCAAAUGGUGCUGGUAGACAAGCAGGGCAUGGACAACCAACGCUACCCGUUCCCGAUUACAGCGGCUGAAUUAUUCACCACCAUCGACACCUUCCCCCUCCGCAAGGAUGAGAUGGUGCUCCAACAGGAAGCCGGCCAGACCUGCCAAUCAUAAAACACGCACUGUCAGCCAUCUUUGAUCCUUCUCCUCCUCAGUCACAGCAGACAGAUCUCCUUUUUGUAUCCUCUCACGUCCCACACGCCUACCUGAACUCAUCCAGUCCUGUUUCCAGAAGGUGUGAGUGUGUGUGUGUGUGUGUGUGUGUGUGUGUGUGUGUGUGUGUGUGUCUGUGAGUGUGUCUGUGAGUGUGUGUGUGUGUGUGUGUGUGUUGAUCUGUUGACGCCUGAAAGAGGUCACCAAAGGGAAUGGGUCACACAGUAUAUUACAAUCAUAUUGAUUCCUGUGUCCUCUGUAACUGCAUCUGUUGUUUUAUUAUUAAUAAUAUUUUCAAAGCAGAAUAUGUUUUACUAUAUUGUACAAAAAGUAUUUUUACUUCAUGAACUGGCGUGUCCACUCUUCGACCUGGCUAAUAUUUAUAUCUCACAUCUUGUCAUAAUGAUGUCCACUCUUUGGAAUAAUGUGUGGGUUUUAUGUAUACAGGACAGUGAUGCUCUGAUUAAAUAUGUCUAUCAUUGAGGGCGUGAUCUUCAGAGUGUCGAUGCGAGUGCAAGAGACAUGUAUGGUCCUCUGAGGACAAGUCAAAAAGAAAAGAAAGAGAAAUUGAAGAAGGGUGAACGGAAAUUUAGGUGUUUGCAAUCUGCAUUCUCACUGCCAGAUACGGCUAAAUCCUACACACCCCUCCUUUAAAUCGUGCUCUCGUCCAAACAACCAUUGGAAUCAUGCGUCAUUGUUGGUCUUUAAAGCAAUCGUUUAACGUGUUUGGAAAUACCAAAAGUUAGAUUCAGAAGAUCAAUACCAUUCUCAAGUCUGAGAGGUAAAUAUAAGGCUAUAGCCAGCAGCUAGCUUAGCAUAAGGCUGGCCUGGCUCUGUACAAAGGUAACAAAAUCAGUCCACAAGCUGGUUGUUUCUGUUAUUUCUUUCCAGACUUUCCUUCUUUUCCACUCGUACUUGUACGUUAUUGAUGCAGAUUCAGCCCCAGGAUAAACGAGUCAACAUCUAAUUACAUCUGACCAUUGACUUUGUUUCCAUUGAUGCCAUGUGUCUCUGUCUGAAUACACACAAACUAAAAUUGAAGUCUAAUAAACGUGUUUUUACGUUA